AAAUGUACUUGGCACGGAAGAAACACCACAAAUCGUUUUAUGUUUUACAAACCAAAUAGGCAUCUUGCGAAAUUUGCACCUAACACAGUUUUAAAAUCGGGGCAUACAGUGUUACAUUGCAGAUUAAAUUAUAUUUAGUCUGAGUAUAAAACACCCGCGCAGUCGUAGCAUAUGAAACAAAAGUAUUACAAACGGAAAACAAAUGAGUAUUGAGUCGAGGGUAGUGGGAUUUAACAAAUGUGUGUGUGUGUGUGUGUUUUUUUUUUCUUCUUCUUCUUCAAUGCUUUGGAGACGGUCAUGUGAUUGUAACGUAACCCGACCGGAAAACACCGACCAUAGCCGCCAAUGCUACGUUUAGAGGAACAGAGCAGCUGUAAACUCAACGGACAAGUCCCCGGUAACAAACAACAACAAAGCACAAAAUUAGAGCAGCUACACAAAGCACAAGGUAAAGUAUGGAGCUGGCCAACCAUGGUCUCAUCCUCCUACAGCAGCUGAAUGCUCAGAGGGAGUUUGGUUUCCUGUGUGAUUGCACUGUGGCUAUUGGUGAUGUCUUCUUCAAGGCUCACAAAUCUGUUCUUGCAGCCUUCUCCAACUACUUCAGAAUGCUCUUCAUUCACCAGGACAGUGACUGUGUCCGACUAAAGCCAGCAGACAUACAGCCUGAUAUCUUUAGCUACCUCCUGAAUCUGAUGUACACAGGAAAGCUGGCUCCUCAGCUCAUUGACCCAGUCCGGCUGGAGCAGGGUGUGAAAUUUCUGCAUGCCUAUCCAUUAUUACAAGAGGCCAGCCUGGCUGGACAAGGUGUAUUUCCACACCCUGAACAGCUUUUUCCGUUGGCCACUUCUCUUUAUGGCAUUCAGAUUUCAGAUAAACAGGCCGGCCUUCCCAGCAGACUAAGUGCGCCUAAAGCACUUUCCACAGCCUGUGACCAGGAACAGCUUUUGGAGGGUAACCAGGGUAACCAGCUUGCCUCUGAAUCCAGACAAGUCCUGGCCAUUCAGGAAGCAGAUGCUUCUAGUGCUAAUCCUUCCACAGAAGAGGUGCAGGGCUUGGAUACACCUGUUGUCGACGAAAAUCCUGCCGCAAACACCAUUCUCCACGUCAAGCCCAGUAUUAUGAAGAGAAACUCUUCUUUCCGCAAACAUUAUUCAUGUCAUCUUUGCAGCAGACGUUUCAACCAGCGGAGCUCCCUGCGGGAACACCUUCUGCUUCACUCUCAGUUGCUGUUUCCAUCAGCAACCAGCCUAGCUGAGGCAAGCGUGUCCCCAAUGCUGAGCAGCAGCGCUCCAGAACCAUCUGGCGAGCCAGACGACACCCCCAAGGGAGGAGGUGACAUCAUUAGCGACGGGGAGCAUCAGCCGCCCACUGAUUCCCCAAGAAUGGAGGGUCUGCAGCCCCAGGCAGAGACGCCACCUCCUUCGGACAUUGCUGACAUCGACAACCUGGAGAGCGUGGACCUGGAGCGAGAGGUCAAGAGGCGGAAAUAUGAAUGCUCCACAUGUGGCCGCAAGUUUAUUCAGAAGAGUCACUGGCGGGAGCACAUGUACAUUCACACUGGCAAACCUUACAAGUGCAGUGCCUGCGGCAAAAGCUUCUGCCGGGCGAACCAAGCUGCCAGACAUAUGUGCCUUAACCAGAGCGCUGAAUCAUAUACAGUGGUGGAUAAGGAGAGCAUGGAACUCUGUUCCAAUGAAGAAGGCAGCCAAAUGGAUGCUAUAUUCCUCCCGUCCAGCAGGCCAUACAAGUGUAACGUAUGUGACAUGACGUUCGUCAGCCCCAACGAGGUUAUCAAGCAUCUGUGCUUCGCCCAAAACGCUCAGGUUUUCUCAAUGUUGGAUAACCAGCCGACACUGCAAAACGAAGAGCCUCCUAAAGAAGAGGGUUCAGAUUCUGGACAUUUAAUUACUUCUAUCAAAACUGAGGACAUUUUUGUAGAGUAAUAAUGAGGUAUUUUUAUAUUUGUAUAUAAAUGUAUAUGGUCUUUUAUAUAUUAAUUGUGGUGUUUGCAUACAGUAAUCUCAGUAGUUAGCAACACACAUUGUGUGUUUGUGUCGGUAUAGUUCAUGGGUGCUUAUCAGUGUUUUUCUAUGGGAAAAAAAUGUAGGCUUCAUUAAGGCUGUGUCACCUGUAACGUUGUUAAUCUGGUUAGUUCAAGGCUCAGUGAGGAAGAGGUAGGAUAGAAAAGCAUUCACAAUGCAGGCUGAUUGGGCACACAAGGCAAGAGUCAUAAAGAUAGCAUAGUGCACGCUACCUCGACAUAUAGCUACCCAUACACCAUACGUUAAUUCCUUUCCAGAGCACCAGUUUCAGGAAAGUAACACUAGCAAUGCAAGCACAGUUUCAGGCUAUGGUUUGAGGGCUGUUUAGGCCUAAAAUGUCAUACUGCAGCAGAUCCUCUCUGUGGAGUAAGAAAAAGGAACUACUCUUCUCAGUUAAAAGGUUGUUUUGAAAGUUGUCUUUCACUCUGAUGUUACUGCUAUGGGAUAUGCAGGCUGCCAUCACAAGUUGUAUGUUUAGGAAAGUAAAGCUACAGCUCCCAUAGUGCCUUGAGCUCCACAUCCUGGUCCUUGUGUAAAAUCAGGGCCAGCCGUAAAUGUUUUAAUGAAGCCUCCAUCCUUCUGAAAAACAUGUGUUGAUAAAAUCAUGAUUAAUGUAACGUGCCAAUAAUAAUGUAAAGGAGAAAAGUUUUUUUUCCGUGCCACUUUCUCUUGUCCGAUAAGUGCCACCACAGUGUAAUCCAUGGAAAACACUGGGUGUUUAAUGGUGAUAGGACUGUGAUCAAAACAAAACCCUCCUUUCCUUGACCCUAAAUAUAAGAAAUGUGGUUUUAAGUUUUGAGCACACAAAUAUGUUUAUACUGUAAGACCCCAUACUUUUAGCCAAUCUAUUUCUCUUGAACAUGUUUUAAAAUACCUUCUUUUUUAAUUUAGUAAACCUUUAUGACUUCAUAUAAUGUUCUAUAUAGUAAAAUAUUUUAUAUUGCAGAAACUUAUAUAGUUUCUUUUAGGAACAAAUUGUCUGCUCUGUCUGUGUUGAUGUUAGUAUUUACACUUUUAUUGUUUUUGUUUCUUUUUUUUUCAAAUUUUUGUUUUAUCAAAUAGUGGCUUUGGGGCCGUUGUGGUGGGAUUAUAAAUCAACAUUUUAACUAUAAGAAGUAAUGCAAUAAGGCUGAAUUUGAAGUUUGCUUUUAUUUUCCCUGAUGUGGAAUUCCAUGGCAUCUCAACAUUGGUUUAAUUUUCAGCAGGUGUCUGCAGUGCAAGUACAAAAACCUUAGAAAGAGCAGACGUAAGGGCAAAUGUUUCCAGACAGAAGGGUGUAGAGUAUAUGUAUGAAGUUGCAACUAAAAAGCAUUAAAUAUGCAUGGGCUAUUUAACGUACACUGAAACCCGAUGUAUUGCAUUCGAUCUUCGUGAUUUAUAGUCAUGGAAUGAUGGUCAAAUGCAACAGAUUAAGUACUUGAAGACGUUAGGGUAUUUUUAUAUUUUGAUACAUUGGUAAAACUUUGUUUUUGGCUACACAUAUUGAAACAGCAUUCAAUAUAGCAAAAAUAUAAAGAUAUUGGUAUGUACUGAAAGUACAUACAAAUAUAGGUGAUGACAAGGGGAAAUUAUUUUUGAGUAUUUGUGAUUAUGUAUGGAAAUAUAUUAAAAGUUAUUAAAAUGUUACAUUUAAGAAAAAAACAUAUCGUUUCAAUUGGUUAAGAGCCUGCAAUAACAAAGAUAAGUUUAAAGUAAUUCCCAGAAAUAAAGCUACUGAAUGUCUAUAACUUGGCAGGGGCGUGUAAGCAUUAUACUUUGUGCUAUAUUGCCAGGUGUGUGAAAGUUUCUGUUGUCGCGGUAGAUUUUAGUUUUCUUUUUUACAGUAAUCUGUAGUUUUAACCCAAGAUAACAGAUACUUUUAUUUUUUUACAGUUGAUGUCAUAUUUAUGUAUUCUGCUACAUUAACUGUAGUAUUUGAAUAAGGAGCAAAUUGACUGCUGUUUCAAGCAGGUUUGGAAUGAAACCAGAACACCAUGCGAAACAAAAUGAGUAUUGUGAUCUCUGUAAAGUUCUCAGGAAUUUAAGCGUUAUACUUCCAACGUCUUCUGAAAUGAGGGUUGUGAUGAGCCCAGUGUGAAUUUUCACUGACUUUACUCAAAUAAAAGUUUUAUUGUAAAAAAAAA